UUUAGAUCGAGGGCCUCUGUGACCUGUGGUCGCGACCCCGGAAGAAUCUGGCGAAUCUGGGGCACGCAAUCUGCUUCCGGGUCAGAAGAGACCGGACAACGACAUGGGGAAGAUGGCGGCGGCCGUGGGCUCUGUAGCGACGCUGGCGGCAGAGCCGCGGGAGGACGCCUUUCGGAAGCUUUUCCGCUUCUACCGUCAGAGCCGCCCUGGGACCGCAGACCUGGGAGCGGUCAUUGACUUCUCGGCGGCCCACGCAGCCCGCGGGACGGGGCCUAGUGCCCGCAAGGUGGUUAGAUCUCAGCUGAGUGUAUCUUCCGUCAGUGACCACGAUGCACAUAGAGCAGGACUUCAGCCAGUCAGCAAGUGGCAAGCCUAUGGACUCCAAGGCUAUCCUGGAUUUAUUUUUAUCCCAAACCCCUUCCUCCCAGGUUACCAGUGGCACUGGGUGAAGCAGUGCCUUAAGUUAUAUUCCCAGAAACCAAAUGUGUGUAACCUAGACAAGCACAUGACCCAAGAAGAGACUCAGGACCUCUGGGAACAGAGCAAAGAGUUUCUGAGGUACAAAGAAGCAAAUAAACGGAGACCCCGAAGUUUACUAGAGAAGUUGCGCUGGGUGACCCUAGGCUACCAUUAUAACUGGGACAGUAAGAAAUACUCAGCCGAUCAUUACACACCUUUCCCUUCUGACCUGGCUUUCCUCUCAGAGCAAGUAGCCACAGCCUGUGGGUUUCAGGGUUUCCGAGCCGAGGCAGGUAUCCUGAAUUACUACAGAUUGGACUCCACCCUGGGAAUCCACGUAGACAGAUCUGAACUAGAUCACUCCAAACCCCUGCUGUCUUUCAGCUUCGGACAGUCUGCCAUCUUUCUCCUGGGUGGCCUCAAAAGAGAUGAAGCGCCCACAGCCAUGUUUAUGCACAGCGGUGACAUCAUGGUAAUGUCAGGUUUCAGCCGCCUGUUGAACCAUGCAGUCCCAAGGGUCCUUCCGAGUCCUCAAGGGGAAAGCCUGCCAUGCUGCCUAGAGACACCUCUCCCAGCCAUCCUCCCCAGAGAUUCAGUGGUAGAGCCCUGCUCUGAGGAGGACUGGCAGGUGUGCACCAGCUACUUGAAAACCGCUCGUGUGAACAUGACUGUCCGACAGGUACUGGCCACAGACCAGGACUUCCCUUGGGAAUCCAUGGAGGAGAAGAAAAGAGACAUCACCAUAGAAGGUUUCUGCCACCUGGACGACAAGAAUUGCCAAGUAAAACGAGUGAAGUUAAACCCUGACAGCUGAGACUUGGAGACCCCGUUCUUUUCCUCAGGCGGGUCUCACAGUAAAUGGCCAUGCUUUCUUGUAUUACCAUAGACUCUAGCAUCAGGACAAGCCAACAAAAAGACAGGGAAAAGCUCAUCAUGGAUCAUAGUGCUGCCUUGGAACCCAUCCUGAAGAGUAAAGCAGUUAGCCACUUUGCUCAUGUUGGACAUGGUCCAGUCUGGUUAGAUGUUGGCACUAAUGUAUGUGGAAGUCCAAGGAGCUUUGACCUUCCAGAAUAGCCUUUCCAGCCUCUGCCAUUACCUCUGAGGGAGGUGGGAGUGAGUUUCCAUGUUAUUGGAGCCUUAAAUACCUCAGAUUUAUUAAUGGGAAACCUGACACCCCUCCUGCUACCCCAUCUAGUGAUUUGUGGUAAAACUGUGGUUCCAGGAACCAACCAUUAGUCUCACCUUCAUUGUUCCAGCCAUCCAGUGAUCUUUUCUUCUGUCUUCUCUGGCUUUCACAGAAAAGUCCUAUACACAUUAAGACAAUGGAACUAGAAACCUCAUCUCCUAAGAAAGAAAUUAAUCACAGCUAUCUCUCUUGCGUAAAAGAUAAAAUAUAUAUAAAGCCAAGGGAAGGGGAGCAGUAGUUUCUCCAGAUUUCUUUUAGGUCUAAACUCUUCCUGUUGGCUUUUUAAUGCAAUUUUAAUUGUUGGACUGAAAAAGCCCCAAGGGUGUUCAGUAACUGUUUUCUCCAUGAAUAAACUUUCUCUCCUUUAAAUUAAAGAUCUAUAUCUAUCUUUGAGGGUUAGCGAAUCUGGGAUUCGUUUUUUCCUGUUUUGACUUGCUGUGUUGUUCAUGCUGUGGGAGCCCUCCAGCUGUUCUGCCCUGUGCCAUCCCGCUCUGCCCUAAGCCUGUGACUGUCUCACAGGAGAGAAUAUUCUUUGAUAUUCCAGUCACUGCUGUCUUUUGUGAUUGUGAGCAGCUUGGAAAAUGCAUGAUGCACCAAGUUUUAAUCUUUGUACCCCCACCAGCUUGACUCACUCUACCCUUAGCUGAGCUGCUUUACAUUUCUCAGAGCCUCAGUUUCCUCAUCUAUGACAUGAAGAUAGUAUUUACUACCAUCUUCCAUUUCAAAUGAUAAUGGGAGUUUAGUGCUCCUUUCUAGAAACAUGGUGUCAGUAUUUUAUUACUGCAUGGACUCUUAGAAACAUCGCCUAUUGUCUGUGUGGACGACUGGCUGGAAGCCACUUGGAUACCUGCUGCUUGCGACAAGACUCGCCACGUCUGUAUGUCUCUGCCUGCCUUUUUUCUUCUUAGGAACAUUACAUAUUGAGUUCAUAUUUUGAUACUUGUUUUUUAAGAAAUAAAAAUUAAUACAUUUGUCCCUUACGUCUAAAUGACCUCAAAACUUAGUGCGUGAUGGGAAAAUUUUAGAUAAUUAAAUUAUUUUAAAUAAUUAAGUUUAAAUGUUUAAAAUUACCACUGGAAAAAUCCCUUAUGUUUUCCAUAGUGUACAUCAUAUGUGACCCACUGGAAACCCACAUCCUGUCAUUUAGCAAAUCCAGUAGGUCAACCCAUCCUUCAGCAUUAGAAUAGUUUGCUCUUUAGUCAGUUGAGUAUCAGAUAAAGGUGCUAACUUGUGUUUAGGAAUAAUGUGGUGCAAAAAAAGUACAUAUUCAGACUGUAAACUGACACUCCAUGAAGAGAGAUAUGUGUGCUGUGAGCAGCCUAUAGAAUCAGGCCAGCCAAGAGUAGAGCAGAUUCCGAUCUCCCAGCCCACACACACUCCCUCAAGGGAUGUGCUGAUUGAGUUGGCCGGUGAGGAAAAUUGUUUACACCAUUAAAUUCUCCCGUCUCUCUCAUUUUCAUUUAUUUUUGUGAGGAACCUAUAGUUGAAGAUCUAUAAUGCAGUUCUACCUUCACAGUAAGCAGAAAAUGAUGCAAUUGAGGAAAAAGGAAAAAUUGGUGAUUUUUCCACAUUUACAUGAGGAUGAUCCGCCAAGGUUUGUUUUAGUUGUCCACCAGACAUUUUCUAUGUCAAGAGGCAGCAAAUGCUGAUGGACCUCCUGUGUUUGUACUGCCCACGGACUAAAAAUAGUUUUUACAUUUCUAAGUGGCUGGGGAGAAAAAGUCAAGAGAAUAGUAUUUCAUGAAAAUGAGAAGAAACCAAAUUUCUGUGUCCAUAAGUAAAGUCUUAAUUGGAACACAGUCACACUUAUUUAGAGAUGACCUGUGGCUGCUCCCUCACACUCGGGUGACAGAGUUGAGUAGUUGCCGCAGACACCAUAGAGCCUAAGUGAUCUGGCCUUGCACAGAAGAAAGUGUUGAUGGAUGCCGGAGAAAGGAAGCUAGACCCCUAGACAGGAACCUAAAAUCAGGGAAAGGGGCCAAGGAGAUUUUUUUCCUAACAGUGAAAGUCCCAAAUAAGCUCAAUAUCCAGCAACAGGGAGUUGGUUGACGAAGUUCAUGUAUUCAUUCGGGAAGUGGUUAUUGAGCACUGUUUUCUAUCAAGAGGCACUGUUCUUUGCAGAAAGUACCUGCAUUUGUGGUUCUGUCCUAGUGAGUGUGACAUCACCAUGCAAGGGAACUCUAGCUGUUUAAAGUUAACGUUUUGGAAGAACACGUAGAGAUAUGAGAAAAUACUCAUAGUUUAACGAGAAAAGUCCAUUAUGAAACCGUGUGUAAUUUUGUAUAGAAUGUUUACAUGUUUUUUUUAAAAACUGAAAGGAUAGGCAUAUACCAAAAUGUGAAUGAUGGUGGGAUUAUAGUUGAUGUUUAUUUUGUUCUUUUUCUGUAUGUGUGAUUUUUUUUUUCCACAUUGAAAAUCUUUUGAAAUCUUUCUCUUUUAAAGAAUAAAUGUUUGUGGGGUUUUGGUUGUUUUUGUUUUUUGUUUUUGUUUUUCUUUGAGAAAUACUCUGACCUGGUAAUUCUACCUCUACCUGAAAUCUGUCACUUUCCAAAUCCAGGAACAUCAACAUGGUCUAACAAAAGAGGCUUGUUUGAGGAAAAUUUUUAUGUAGUAAAAUCCUGUAUGGCCACUAUCAAUCAUGUCACAGAGACAGAUUAAAUACAUGGAGGAAAUGCUCAAUAUGUUAACUGAGAAAAACAGCUUAAAGCCGGUAUGCAUUGCAUUUUGCCAGUGUUUUUGUAUGCACCAAGUGUACAUGCACAGAGAAGGCUGGAGGGUUAUAGUGUUUUAAUAUCUCCUAAAUUUUCUGCAGCCAGCGUAACAGCUCUUUUGGAGAAGGCCUUUGUGAUGCUUUUGGAAGGGAGCGGAUCUGGCACACACUGAGCUCAGAGCAGCAGCUUCAAGUGUCCACUCACCUUUGCAAGUAUGUGCGCUCAUCACUUCCAGUCCACUCUGGGUCCUUUCAAUCUUUCUGAUCUUCCUCUUGCUUUAAAAUAUGUCUGGCUGGCCAGUCGGUGGAGCAUGGGACUCCAGAUCUCAGGGUCGUGAAUUCAAGCCCCAUGCUUGGGCAUAGAACUUACUUAAAAAAAAAAAAAAAAAAAAGUCUGGCUAAGGUGGAUCCUCUCUUGACUCUCUGCUUAUUACUUCAGUAGAGCCGCUUGCCUGCUUCCAGCACCCUACAUCGGGUUUUUCCUAGAAGGACCCGAGCCCGUCAGUGAGAUGGCUGUGUUGCUGAACAAGCCCAACUUAGCAAGUAUGGCCUGCCAUGUUCUACUUUUUCCAUUUCCUUUCUCACUAAGAUAAGCUGGUCUUAUCCCUUUUCUCUUUUCCCUUAAUCUAAAAGGUUGGUUUAUUAGAGUAGGAAAAAAACUACACUCACACCUUGGGUGGAUUCAGUGAAGGCAAAUUAGAACGGUAAUGAGGCGGAAAGGAGCCAAGUGAUUAUUGAUCUCAGCGUGGGCCAGGCAGGAAAGACACCCCGCCCGUUUUCUCCUGUUUCAAAGGUUACAGUGAAAAAAAGCGAUGCAAAUCCAGUGGCUUAGCCUGUGUAGUACAUUUUUAUUGACGUUCCUUUUGAUCAGCUAUCUUAUCCAAAGGUAAAUCCUUAUGGAGAGAUGAGUUUGUUGGCUCUUGUUAAUUUUAUUGGUAAAAAUGGUAUAGUAGAUGGAAAGUGAAAUAGAGUGGUGAUCAGGAAAGCUAAAUUUUAGUAACAGCUCCCACGCUGAGCUGUGUGACCUGGAAUAAAUCAUUCAACUGAGCCCCAGUUUCCUCAUCUAUAAAGAGAUUUGACCAAGUAAUCUGGGGUUACCUGCUCGCUCAGCAAUGCUGUAUUUCUAAAGUGAGAAACUAACCUCAGAGGUUGGAUAAACAGCAAGCAAAACCCCCACAGAUGAGAUUUUUGUUAAGGAAAUCAGGCAUUAACCGGAGGAAAAGAGGAAAACGUGGGGCACCUGGGUGGCUCAGUCAUUAAGCGUCUGCCUUCGCCUCAGGUUAUGAUCCCAGGGUCUUG